UACGGAUUCCUAUCGCCAUAAAUCAUGCAGAGAAGAAAUAGAUACGAAACUCGUGCCAUUUAAUUCAAUUCAGUCUUGACUGGUUUUUCACAAUACUCCGACGAGCGUCGUCAUCAAGUGAUUCAACGGUCUCCGGGGGAAUGCUCGCAUGCGUAAUGAAGGAAACACGUCUAGAACGAGCCUUUCGAACGCGAUACGUAUAAAAGCAUUACAGUAGCAGCUUGCAGACAUUAGUUAUCUGACUGGCAGCCGAACAACGUAAAAGUACAAAAAUGGAUUCAAAUAUGUGUGUAAAGAUUGCGAUCUGCCUGGCUAUGAUCGCGAGCAUCGAUUGCCUUGUGGUAAAACAACAAGAAGUCCCGUUAUUACCUGAAGGCCUGACAGUGGAAGUUUUAGUGAGGAAUAAGGGAGACAAAAAUGUGGUGUCUACAAUGAAGAUUGAUAUCGACGAAAUGAACAAGAAGGUUUUGCUGUCGAUGGUUGAGGAGGAGAAGAAGGUUUUGGUGUCGCGAGUGGCAAAAGAUGUGUCGGAGAUGACGACGGAUGAAUUUGUGCCAACAGUGGGCAGCCGGCAUGGGAUCCGGGUUGGCGCGUGCCCGCUCGGAUACACCCGGCGAGGCGGGUUCUGCUUCCCUAACGACGACUACUAAUUUGGAAUCUAGGAGAUUGCAUGUUUCAUCGAAUUGCAAUAGAGAACGCCAAAAAUAUAAAGAUAUCCUUUUCGAAAAGUGAUGCGACUUUGACUUGUCAGUUCAGUUCAUUGUAGUGAUUUAUUUGAGUCAGUGCUCGAAAAAAUAUUAACUUGCUUACCAGCACAUGUUAUACCCACUGUUCAUGUUUGUUCGUUACAAGACUUAUCAGGGAUGUGAUAUAUUAGUUUAGUUAUUUAUUGUUAAAUAAACUGUUUUAUUCAUA